AUGGUCAGAAACUUUUUAUUUUCAGUUACACCAACUAUAGUCAUAUGGAGCAUUGGCUGCAUUUUUGCUGAACUUUUAACUGGGAAACCUCUUUUCCCUGGAAAGAAUUUUGUCCAUCAACUGGAUCUCAUGACUGAUCUUCUUGGAACACCAUCUCCUGAAGCCAUAGCCAGGGUACGAAAUGAGAAAGCUCGGAGAUACUUGAGCAAUAUGCGUAAGAGGCCAAUUCCUUUCUCUCAUAAAUUUCCUCAUGCAGACCCCCUUGCUCUUUGUUUGCUAGAAAGAAUGCUGGCAUUUGAGCCUAAGGAUCGUCCUACUGCUGAAGAGGCCCUAGCAGAUCCAUAUUUUAAAGGCUUGGCCAAGGUUGAAAGAGAACCUUCUGCUCAGCCAGUUACCAAGAUGGAAUUUGAAUUUGAGAGACGCAGGAUAACAAAGGAAGAUGUACGAGAGCUUAUAUACCGAGAGACUUUGGAAUACCAUCUGAAGAUGUUGCAGAGCCAACGGGUAUCAUGUAUCCAUGGUUGGUCUAAACCUAUACCCAUAUUUUUGUUUCAUAUCUCACUCUCUUGCAUUGGUUUAAACACCCCAUGA